CGAUACGAGCCUUAAACCCUUCAGGAGCCGCUGAUUUCAUUUUCGUAAACCCCUCACUUUUCCCCUUCAGUGAGAACAAAAAUCAAACACCAUGAGUACCUUUCCCAACAACUCCAACUUGGACAACCUCCUCCUCCAAACCCUCAUGGGCAGACUCCACCUUCGAACUCCGAUCAACAACCCCUUAGUCACUCAAUCCCUCGAAGACUUCCUCUUCGACCUCGACGAUGACGAUGAAGACGACAACGACGAGGGCAAGUCAGAGCUUGCCAAAGAAGAAGCCAAGCUCGAAAGAGAACUAAUCAAGAUCAUCCUCAGUGGCAACGCCGAUUCACUGAAACCGAAUUCGGGGCAAGCCGUGUCGGUUCGCGACCACCACAUAUGCGUGGGGUUUCAAGAGGAAGAGGGUUCGGAUUAUCGGGUGUGGGAGUGGCAUGGCCACGUCAUGGUCUUCGACGAAGAACACGGUUAUUCGCCUGAGUAUAUAUAUGGAAACUACUUCCAGAGGUUGAAGCCUAAACCUCCUCCUCCUCCUUCUGCUGCUGACGCUGAUGCUUCUCUGGAGAAAGAGGAAAAACAGGAGAAUCAGGGUUUGAGGGAAUUGAUUGAUACCAAGGAUUCCACCGACGCUCGCAUUCUUCAUCGCAACAUCAAUGCUGGUUCACCCAGGUACUAGACAAGAAUUGUUUCUUCAUUGGAAAUUCAAGUUCAAAGUGUUGCAAGCAGAGGUUAUAAGCAGCAUCCCAUUUCCUUUGCGAGGCAAAGAUUGAUUUCCCCUGCUUUUCACAGUGCCAAUCUCAGAGUCAAGCCUACAUCUAGGUCUGUUUGAGCUUCAAAUUACAUACUGUAAAGGAUGUGAGACAUUUCUUCAAUAAUAGGUUAUCUUGAUCAGAUUAUUAAUGUCACAGCAAUUUGUUACUUUGCCAUUUUCCACUAAAGCUAGCUCUUGUCAUAGACGCCAGUAGUAUGGGAGGAAAUAGGUUAAGUUAGACUUUAUUAAAUGUGAGUCUAAUUUGUUGUUUGGCCUGAAUAUGACUUAUUUAUUUGGCUUUUUUAUUUUAAUAUUGUAAUUUAAAAAACUAUUUAUCAAAAUAUAGUGAUUUUAAAACU